AUGUCUGGACGAGGAAAAGAGGGCGGCAAAGCGCGAGCAAAGGCCAAGACCCGCUCUUCGCGGGGCGGGCUCCAGUUCCCCGUGGGCCGAGUCCACGGCCUGCUUCGCAAGGGUAACUAUGCCGAGCGGGUCGGGGACGGCGCGCCGGUGUACCUGGCGGCGGUGCUGGAGCACCUGACGGCCGAGAUCCUGGAGCUGGCGGGCAACGGGGGCCGCGACAAGAAGACGCGCAUCAUCCCGCGUCACCGGCAGCUGGCCAUCCGCUACGACGAGGAGCUCAACAAGCUGCUGGGCGAAGUCACCAUCGCUCAGGGCGGCGUCCUGCCCAACAUCCAGGCCCUGCUGCUGCCUAAGAAGACCGAGAGCCACCACAGGGCAAAGGGGCAAGUGAAUCUGCCGCAAAGGCUCUUUUGA